ACGGAUGUUCAUGAUCGCCAAUCACCUGACAGCGCGUGCCGCGUGCGUCCGUGUUUCGCGUUCGUUUGACAAGAAGCACCAACGGUCGAAAUCGGAGCACGUUUCCAUGCUGUUGCUGGUCCCUUCACUGGUUUCGUGUCAGUGAAGAUGCCGGCAAUAUUUAUGAGCGAAGACGUGCGCUCCUUGCUUAAAGGCAAGCGCAUUGUUUUGAUGGGCUGUUCAAACGUAAGGGCCAUCUACAAAGACAUGGUUUGCCUCUACCAGCACAACCAGUUUAUCUCAAACCAGAAGUUAAAACUGAAGAUGGAAGAGAGUUCCUUUGGAGACAUCCUCGUUUGUCACGGAAAGAAGCACAAUGGUCGUGAUUACAAAGAGGAGCGGUUGUUCAAGAUGGACAAGACGACCAUCGCCUUCUACUUCCUUACCAGAAUCUACAAUGAUUACGUAAAAGCGAUCCUGGCAGGCAUGGUCGAUGAAUUCGUGCCAGAUGUAAUCAUGGUCGGAUCUUGCCUCUGGGACAUCACACGCUGGGGGCCUAAUGGCGUCGAGGAGUACAAGACAAACCUGGCUGUGUUCUUCACCGAACUCAAACGAAUACUCCCGCCAACAUCUCUGGUGAUUUGGCUCACGGCGGCCCCUCUGGCCCAGGACGUGCGAGGCGGAUUCCUCAUACCGCAGCUCGAGUUCCUCAAGUACUCGCUGAGAUUUCACGUCCUUGAGGCCAACUCCUUCUGCAGAGAGACAGCCGACAAGUUUGGCAUUGAUGUGGUGGACAUCCACUACCACCUGCGCAUGCUGUUGGAGCAUCGAGCCAAAGACGGAAUCCACUGGCUGCCCCUGGCUGUGCGUCUCUGCACCAAUCUGCUCCUCACACACAUUGCCCUGUCAUGGGGUUCCAAGAUGCCAGAAGCUGGGAAAUUCAUCACAGGCAAAGAGAGGAAGGUCAUGCUGGCUGACAAGAAUGGUUUUGACUACACGACUGACGAGGACAGUAAGGGCGAAUGUAGCAGUCUUCCUGCUGAGCUCUCCUUCAGCACCAUCCUUGGAUGCGACGAGGAAGUGAGAAAAGAGGUAAUCAAGAAUGCCAUCGAGGUCCCACCAUCCGAGCGACCGAAAGCACGCAGGGGCAACUGGAGGGCCAGACGCUUCAGUGGGUUGCAUCCCUUUCAUGCCUCACGUCAAAACGAAAGAUGGCAAGGUCCAUGGCAGCCUGCUUUCCAACGUCAAGGACCAGGACCAUGGAACAACCAAGGCCAGCCUGAGCCUGAUAGCCAGAGCAAUGGCUUCUAGCGAAACGAAUUCAGGAAUGUGUUUCGGGAUACGAUGCAAUACGCCCUGCCAAAGAAUUUAAAUAUGAAUGUUCAUGAAUAAAUGGUUAGGAAUAAACACGGUUUUGCGCCUAGGUUGUUUUAUCGAUGCCCAUUUUUUAAAAUUGAGAUCGUACGAGUAGGUAUCUGUGUACAGUAAAGCUAUGUGUGAGUGCUUAGAGUUGAAACACGAGUACACACACGUGCACACACACGAGAACAAACAAAUUAUACCGAGCCUUUUGUUGAGCUUAGUUGCUGACUCACAAGUACUACAGGAGCCUUGAACACAUCGUGGUUUCUGAGGCUGCAUGCGCAGAUGUACAUAGUGCAGUUCAAAUCUGUUUUAUCCACAGGAAGUGUUUACUUCCUCAUUACCGCUCAGGCGUGGAUGUGCGAAGGCGAGCUUUCUGGCUUUAUUUUUUUGUUUCCUCCACACGGCCGGUGCUGAAGAUGUGCGCAGGUGAGUGCCAUCUGGUGGUGCUGUAGGAAACCUGCGGCACACCUGAUCUGCCGUGAUGGGUUGGCUUAUUCGGCACAGGCCGCAGUACCCACGGUCACGAAACCCAGCAAGGUUCACAAAGAAAAGCUUUGCUUUAGUCUCCUCUGCUAGUCUUUUGAAUGUUGAGACUGUUGCUCACAUUUCCAUGUGCUGCCCUUGGCUCCUACUGCAAGUGGUGCCUGCGUCUGGCCCUUCCACUUGUUCUUAAGGGCAGAAGGCUUUAUGCAUAUAUAUGGUACAUGUGGCUGGCUUCAUGUUUCUGUGGCAAGCCGAGAAAUUCCUUCGCAGCUUGCAUCACGGGAGGCAUAGAUAAGAGGAGCCAUAGGUCUUGCGAGAGAGAGAGAGAGAGAGAACAACUUUAGUGAAAAUGCCUGCAGAAUCGGUUAGGCUCCCUCCACGCAGGGAGGACAAGCUUUUACCGCGACGCGGCCACUACGUCAGUCUCGUGCAUUGUGCUCCUCGAGGUCUUGGUUCCUCGCUACUUCCGCGGAUCCGAGAGGGCCGCCGCUCCCUUCCUGUCUUGCGACAAAAAAUUAUUUGAAAUCUUUACUCUUUGAGGUAGAAGCGUUAAGUUUUGGGCAAAUUGGUUGUACAUGGUUCUUUGGAGACUUUUGCAUGCACAAAGACAGGACAUCGAAUGAAGGGACACACAUCAUGUGCAUGUUGUGUGUCUCUUUUCUGUCCGAAGUCCUGUGAUUAUGCACGCAAAAGUCUCCAAAGAAUCUUUGACGUAUGAUGCUGAAAACUUGUGCAAUGUGAUGUUAUGGGCUUCAAAUAUGAGGCCCUUCAUCAUUUAUCUGAUUUGGUCCUAAUUUUACACAAGCUUCAAUCUUGUGAAAAAUAUCAGUUACUCAGAUUUCACUAAACAAGGUGUUAAUGGCUUCCAUAUGAUUCAAAGAUGCUGUGAGAACAACCUUGUUGAUCUGCCUACCCUAGAAGUUGUGAAAGUGAGUUGUGUUUUGUUUUAUGAAAUAGUAGGACUUGUCAAGCUUUUGAAACACAGCUUUUUUCCCACUAUCCUUUGCCACUUAUGUACAUAUUGGAGUGCAUAAAUGUGGUGCAAUAAAUAAACUCGAGAGUGUGUUUUGCUCAGGUUUAACUUUGAAGUCUCGUAACCUUCAAAGUGAACUUUGAAUGGCCCAAAUAAAAAAACUGAACAGCAAAGCAUGUCGCAUGAAGGCACAAAGAAAAGUAGUAAAGCUUUAUUCGCUAGUGCUUCACAAAAAUAUAAGCUAUAAAAAAAAUAGCAAAACAUGAAAGAAGAUGAAUAAUUUGUUUAGCGCAAAACGACAGAGACAAGAAAGACGACAGGACAAGGCGCUACUCUCAACUGACAUCAUUUUAUUGCGUCACUCCUUUAUAGACCGCUCAAACCAGAGGAACAUGCGCAGUGAGACCCAUGCGGUGGAGCCACCAACAUCCGAUUCCAAGAGCGCACUCAUGCGACAGAAUCCAAAAAACCAAAUUCAGCGCUGUACAAGGUUAAGGAAGGCACACUAAUGCACUGUGACCCCAAUGACUGAAUGAAAAAAGCUUCCGAUAACUCUCGGGCGGUGGUGUCACGGCUCUUUUUCAAAAUCGUGGUAUCACGAAACAUGGGUUUGCACUUGCAUGUUUUACAAUGCUGAGCCAAAUGGGAACCGGUGCCUGUUGGUAUGGAUCGCUCAUGUUCUCUAAGGCGCUCGUUAACACAGCGGCCUGACUGCCCUACAUACACUUUGCCACAUGACAAGGGAAUCUUAUAAACCACACCGACUCUGCAAUCUACAAACUUCACGUGGUUCUUUUCACAAUCAGGUUUUUUACUUGUUUUAGAAGUACGGCUGCACAACAUUGACAGUUUCUGAGGAGCGGAAAACACUACCGGAAUUUGAUAUCUAGUGGCGACAUUCUUUAGAUUGUGAGCCACUCUGUGGCAAUACGGCACAACUUCAGGCCUCUUCUUUUGUAUGAUGCGGUUACUUUUGUGCCGCUUCCCUUUCAGUUUCUGAAGCAAUACCUCCGAGACUGACGUCACCACCACACUUGGGUAACCAGCAGCCUGCAGCCUAUUUAACUGAGCAAUGAAACUCAUUUUCGCAGAGUGAUGACAAGAUUUCAUUAAGGAAGAUUCUAAACACAUCAAAGCAAUGGCGCGUUUCACAGUCUUUGAGUGCGCAGACGCGUAAGGUAAAAGUUCCUUACGUGCACGUGGCGAAUACAUCCAACAGGCGUGGCCUGUUUGUAAGGAAAGCUGCAAAUCUAAAAACUGGAGUUUUCCGUCCCUAGAUAGCUCAUGUGUGAAAGUUAAACAAAUUAUUCAUGGAUUCGCACCAACUAGCCCGCCAACGCAUUGUGAUGAAAGAAGAUCCAGUGCUUACGGCUGCUUUUUUCUUGCACGAAUUUCGCAGAAUAUAUUUUCCAAGUUUCAUGGUCUCCAUCAUGUGCAGUACUUUUGAAAAUUUUGAAUAAGAUGAAACAGCUGCAAGUACUAUUUCGUGUCAGUGAAUUUGCAACCUUGGAGAGAAAUGUGCUGAAUUAUAUGGAAUGCUGUAUUGUUUCACUCAUACUGGCUUCUUUGCCUUUUAGUUGUCUUAUAGUCUCGCAUUCUUGUUCUGAAAUUUUGUCUGAAAUUUCUGAAAUAUCUGAAUCUAAAAGUCUAAAAAAUUUGAAUAAAUUUGUGUACUUUACAUUUCUCUUUGACCGUCGGCAAUGGUUCGUGUUUGAUCUUGUGCCAUCAUUGUUGGUGAUAAGCAUCUGGGCAACGGUAAAAUAAAACAAAAAGCAACAA